GUGCCUUUUAUUAGGUGAUCUGAACUGCCUCCUGCCUUAUUAACUUCCUGAAUCCUAAAAAAUGAGGACAUCUGCCUGACAGAAUCCUGAAAGAAGGAAUUCUUUUUAUUUUUUCAAAUAGUUUCUGAUUUAAAUUCUUGGCUCAGGAAGAAAAGAAGCUGGUUGUUCUUCAACUCAGGAGUGGAUUUGCGGUUUGGAUUCCCCAUGGCUUCCUGCCGUGCGUGUGACUUCAAGGCACUGGUGGCCAUCGUGUGUGGGCUGCUGACCGCCAUCAUUUUGGGACUGGCCAUCUGGAGGACUGUGAUCAGGAUCCAGAGAGAAACACUGACUACUCAAACAAGCAUCCCUAUAGAAUUCUGCAGAAAUGGUGGAACCUGGGAAAAUGGCAGAUGCAUUUGUCCAGAAGACUGGAAAGGACUGAGAUGUACAAUGAUUAAUUUCUGUGAAAACAGUACCUAUGGGAGUUUUACUUUUGACAGAAUCCCUGUGGGAAGAUACGGAUUUUCCUUGCAAACAUGUGACACAAGCACUGUAAAUGCGGGCAGUCCAAUGGCAACCCGGCUGUGCAGUCUUAAUGAAUACGGAGAGAUAGAAUUACAAAAUGUGACAGUAGGAAAUUGCGAUGUAAAUCUGAAAACUCUGGAAAAUCAGAUAGUCAACAUUGCAACACAAUCGCAAAAUAUUUCUGAUGAAACCCAGAUUUUAACAUCUGAUGCCAGUAAAUUAACUCCUGAGAACAUCACUUCUGCUACUAGAGUGGCCGGACAGAUUUUUAAUGCAUCCAGAAAUGCUUUACCUGAGGCAAAAAUAGUUGCUGUAACAACAGUGAGUCAAAUUCUAGAUGCCAGCGAAGGUGUUUUUCAAAGAGCUGCUGCUGCUGAUAAUGAAGAUUCCUUUGCAACGCUUAUUGAGCAAAUGGAGAUGUAUUCCGUGUCUUUGGGCAACACCACAUCAGUGGUGCAACCUAAUAUAGCAAUACAAUCUGUUAAUUUCUCUUCACAAGGUGCUGUGGGGCCUGCAGGUGUUCUCUUCACUGUGCUGAAAGGAACUAGCAAUUCUCUGGUUUCUGGUUCCAUACUUCUAAAUACAAACGUGGACAAACUAAAUCUGAAUGAACAGGCCGAACUUCAGAUCUUGCUCAACACCUCGAAAACUAAUGCCAAGGCAUGUGGCUUUGUAGUGUAUCAAAACAACAAACUUUUCCAAUCAAAAACUUUUAUAACUCAAUCAAAUUUUAGUCAAAAAAUUAUCUCAAGCAAAACUGAUGAAGACGUGGAAGAUCAGAGUGCUUCUGUUGAAAUGGUCUUCAGUCCAAGGUACAACCAAACAGAAUUCCAGCUUCAUUCCUAUGCCUGCGUCUAUUGGAAUUUUUCCAUGAAGGAUUGGGAUACAUAUGGCUGUCACAAAAAAGGAGUCACUGACCGGUUCCUGCACUGCCACUGCAGCCACACUACUAAUUUUGCUGUAUUAAUGAGUUUCAAAAAAGACUAUAAAUAUCCUAAAUCACUAGACGUGUUUUCCACCAUUGGAUGUGCGCUGUCCAUUGCUGGUCUGGUUCUCACAGUUCUAUUUCAGGUUGUCACCAGAAAAGUCAGAAAAACUUCAGUAACCUGGGUGUUGGUCUGUCUGUGCACAUCAAUGUUGAUUUUCAACCUCCUCUUUGUGUUUGGAAUUGAAAACUCUAAUAAGAACUUGAAGACAAGUAAUACUGACUCCAGUAGCAAUGAAGUGCUCAGACAGGACAUUGUUGUCAUCUCAAAUCCCACGUGCACCGCGAUUGCUCUCCUGCUGCACUAUUUUCUGUUAGUGACAUUCACCUGGACAGGAAUCAGUGCUGCGCAGCUCUAUUUCCUUCUAAUUAGGACCAUGAAACCUCUUCCUCAACAUUUCAUUCUUUACAUCUCUUUAAUUGGAUGGGGAGUCCCGGCUAUAGUGGUGGCUAUGACAGUGGGAAUUAUUUAUUCUCAGAAUAAGAAUAAUUCACAGUGGGAAUUGGAAUACCGGCAAGAGAGAAUCUGCUGGCUGGCAGUUGAAGAAGGCAAUGGUUUUAUAACAAGUCCGUUGUUGUGGUCAUUCAUCGUACCUGUGACCAUUAUCCUCAUCAGCAAUGUAGUAAUAUUUAUUAUCAUCUUAGUCAAAGUGCUGUGGAAGAAUAACCAGAAUCUGACGAGCACAAAGAAGUUUUCAUCCAUAAAGAAGAUUCUUAGCACAUUAUCUAUUGCAGUUGUUUUUGGAAUUACCUGGAUUCUGGCAUACUUAAUGCUAAUUGGUGAUGAUAGUGUCAUGAUCGUCUUCAGCUACAUAUUCUGCCUUUUCAACACUACUCAGGGGUUGCAGAUUUUUUUCCUUUACACGGUCAGAACAAAAAUCUUCCAGGAUGAAGCUUCCAAACUGUUGAAGUCAUUGUCGUCAUCCACUGGGAGAGUGAAGGCGCUGCCAUCCAUGACCACCCUGAGGCUGCGCGUGAGGAUGUACAACAUGCUUAGGGCGUUUCCAGCCCUGAAUGAACACUUCAGGCUGCUGGAGCCAUCUGAACUUAACGAGGACGAGACGCACUCUCAGAGUGACCAAGCAAACCCAAGCACUUAGACAGUGAAACUGCUGCCUCUUGUGGUCCUCUUUAUUCAACUCAUGUAAGUUUCACUUUUUCUACUUCUUUCCUUUAUUACCCUGUCUCUUCCCAGAAAAUCUCCCUAGGUUUACUUUGCUCCAGGCUAAGAAUCAGGUAAAACUUGUUGUUUAUUAUCAUCAGGGAUAAUAGAGUUGGCAGUUUUUCUGUUAUUCAAUAGAUUCUUACCCCAAUGAGGUGAAGAAUUCUACUCAGCAUUCAGAAUAAUUUGACUAUCAUUGUUCCCUGUACCAUAGUCUAUGUGACACCUGUGAUAAAAAUGUAGAACCUAAAACAAGUUCGUUUACAAUUUACUGAAAAGGAUGUGAAGAGAAAAAUUUACCUGCUGGAACAAAAUGACUCCUGAUGAACACUGCAGGGAGUUGCUUGUAGGUAUCAUAUUUUUGAUCUGUGAAUAUUUUAAACUUGUAUGUGCUUAUGAUUUUAUUUCCAAUUAAGAAUUUUGCAACAAUUUAACCUUCUGUUAAAAAAGCAUAUUUUGUGUUCAGAAGAGUUCGCCCUAUGAGAAGUAGGCAAUGAGAUAGAGAAAAAUUAGCCAGUUACUAAAUAAAGUGUCUAGGUAAUUCCUUCCACUUCUUUAUCUGUCCUUUUAUUGAUGAAAUGACACUGAGACUCAAAAAAUGAAGAGUUAGUCACAGUCACCCCUUAUGGCUUUUAAAAGAUCUAGCUACUCAUGGAGUUUCAAACACUUGCAUUAUGAAUGGCUUUCUAGAUAAAAAAUGACCUCCCUUGGGGUGGGGAGCACUCCCGCUGGACUCAGGAGAUACAGCCUUUGAAUUGCUGUGUUCUGUUUUGUCAUAAACUAGGCAGCUGCUGUAAGUGCCCUGAUCUAAGGGACUAACAAAUGUCACGUGAGCUGCGGCAUAUCCUUCUUACCACGCUUUAAAGGACAUUUUUUUUUAAUAUAAAUGACUGUUGGAUUUCUAGGUGAGCCAAGAGCCUAUUGCAUUUGUAGUAUAAUUGAGACUUUAAAGGACAGCGGGAAAAAGUAAAAAGAAUAUAGAUGUAAAACAGUCCUCAGAGGCCAGUGUUUUUAGUGGUGUGACACUGCUGUCCCUAGAUAGGAGCUGGACUUUGGGAAAGUUGUAAGAUGUAGUUGACCUACUGUAUGUCCUGAAAUUUAUAUUCAGAUGAAAAUAAACCUGAAGUAAAGGCCACUUUAAAUGUGAAAAAAAAAUUACCAAAGAGUCCCAUUUAGCCUGAGGGUGGUUUUAGUUUUCUUUGCACUUUUUUCAGCAUUCUUGGGGGUAGAGCAACCAAAAUUCCACAUAAUGUUCCUGGAAUGGCUGCACCAUGAAUGUGCGAGCUUUACAUGCGUAUUGUGGAGGAUAAGCCAGGUGGGUAUUGCUGUGGCCCACCUACCCUGAAAUCCUGCCACUUAGAAAUAAUUCUGUUGUGUUAAGCCUUUACCUCAUGCACUGGUUAGGAAUCUGUUUAGUGAUAGAGAUCCAACUCAGAUUAAGUGUCACAGGAUUUAAUGGCUCAAUUAAUUGUAAAGUCCAAGGGCUGAGUGGGGUUUUAGGCAGGGUGAUUAUAUGUUCUGGUUUGCCUGAGCCAGUCGCAAUUUGGUCCUGUUGUCCUGACUUAAGUAUUAUCAGCAGUCUCUUUUCCUUUCAAGUGUUCUGGUUUGGGACAUAAAAUAUCCACUAACUUUAGGUGUAGAGUUCAAAUGCAAGGAGUUCAAAGAAAGUGUAGGGAUUCUCUUUUUCUCUCCGUUUCGUGGCUUUUUGUCCUUCUGUUUUGACUUCAUCCUCACACUGAGUUUUCAUGGCUGGAAACUGGCCGCUGGCACCUCCUUCCUCCUGACCUACAGCUCCACAUUGGGGUCUCCCAUUGGCUGCAGCCAGGAACCUGUGGGGCUCAGUCACCUGUGAUACAGAGCAAAGCAGGGCCAGGGAGAGGAAAGGACCAAGGAGCUGGCACACCUUGACAGUUGUGUGCCCACAGGCAUUAUAUGCAGGGAAUGUUGACCCAGCCUGGGUCAUAUACCCACUAUGGAGUGGAGGGAUGGGGGAUGAGCUGGUUGACAGGAUGUCCUGGAGCGGAGAGUGGACAGUUACACUGAGGAUGGGAUGCUGGCAGCAAAACAUUGAGGUGGUCCCACUAUAUCUUCUGGCAAAAUAUGAGUACGUCUUGGGAAAACAACCACUUGCAGGCUUAUCAAUCAUUUCCCUUACUCUGAAUGAGCCUCUUAGAUCCUUGGCUGAGCAAGAUUUGAAUGGGGUGGGUAAGAAAAGGGAGAAAUUAUUUGGAACCUUGGAAGUUGAAGAGCAAGGAUAGGGACUAUAGGAGCCGAAGGCUAAUGUUACUUAAAAAGACAAUUGUAGGAAAGACAGACUCAGGGUACUGCAGAACUGGUUUUCAUGGUAUUCUGUGGGGCCAAUGUUCCCUGUUUCUGGUUUACUUUGUGUGAAAACAGUCCCCUGUAUCCUUCUUAGUUGUGGCAGCAUAUGUAGUUUCUUCGGGGAACAACCACCCAGACCUUUGAUUUCCUUUUCCUGAGUCAUAACUAACAGUUCAGGGCUCUCUGUUUAACUGUCAGAGUCUGGAUUGCUUUUUCUUUUACCCUUUCCAUUUUGAAGUUUAUCUUGCCUCUUUUUUUUCUGUUACCCACAAAGGGAGAUCAUUCUCAAGCUCAUUGCUCUGUUUGUUGUUGCUUGGUAUUCUUUGCCAGCGCUUGGGAAACCUGGUCCAAAAGUGCUGACUGGAUCAUACCAGUCUAUCAACCACUGGAGCUUUCUGGCUCUGUGGAGCCCCCUUAAUAUGAUGCUGGGACCAUCAGUACCUGGUUCCUCAGGUGAGGUCGAAGACAGAGCCACCAGCAUUGGUUCCACUCCACAGGGAACAGCGUGCAGGGCUGGGGCUAUAGAGGGAGGGGCCAGUUACUAAGAGAGGAAAUGGCUUCCUGUUUCCAUGUGUAAAACACCAUGCUAACCAUGUUAUGGCAAUUUUAGAAGAUAUUUACAAAGUAUACUUUUCCAAAAAGCAAAAUUCAUAAUUCCCUAAGGUAUCAAUAGUGUCUGUUUUUCCAUGUUCCCUUAUGCUCUUUGUUUGAAUACAGAAGAAUUUAAAUAGCUAUAAUAAUAGUAAAUGAAAUUUUAGGUACUUUCAGUUAAAAUUAACUAGUUCUUUUAAUAAUUGUAUAAUUUAACAAAAGUUACAAAGUUGUUCUAUUAUUGGAUAGCUAGAUCAGUUUUUAAAAUUGUAGUGACAUAUGAUUAAUAAUGAACAUUUUUAAUAUUGUAAUGACAUAUGAUUUUUCCUUCUUUUUAAUUAUUUCCUUAAGAUAAAUUCUCAGGAUUAGGACACAGGUGUCAAAGGAAUGGGCAUAUGUUUAAGUUCCUUGUAUAAAUUACUGUAUUGUCUCAACAACAUUGCACUAAUUUAUAAUGUCACCCACAUUUGGAGUACCAUAAACAUUUUUUAUACACUGUUUACUUUGGAAUUUUAUUUUUAAAUUGUAUGUGUUGUCCAUUUAUCAAUUGAACUGUUAUUUUUUUCUCAUAAAUUUAUAUGAAAGCUUUUCUAUUAUGGUUAUUAGCACUUCAACUAUUACAUUUGGUGAAAAUAUUUCCCCUUAGUUUAUUGUUUUCCUCUCUUUUUAAUAUAAUGAAAUACUCACUCUGCAUUUUAUUCAAAAAUACCCAAAAGAUUUAUGGAGCAUUUAGCAUUUCUUGACUUUAAAUGUCUUUAUACAGGCAGACCGUUUUGUGUUGAGGAAUAUAUUAGGGAUUACACAGAAACUUCUAAAACGAAGAACAGGGCCAUAAAUAUGCCAAUGGAGGCCAAAUGAAUCCUGUAUGACAGACACAUGACAUCUCUAACCCUUCAUUAUAGUGUAGAGCAGUUGGGUGGGGUUCCAUGACAAAGUUAUUUUUUCCUCUCAUAUAUGUUCUCUGUCUCUUUGUGUCCAUCCACCUUUUUUGAAAAUAAAACACUAAAUCUUGGAGAAGAUUAGCAAUUAUUUGUUCUCACACACACACACACACAUACACACAAAACUCGGAGAUUCAAAUGUUACACAUCCAUCACCUGUAUUACUUCAUUUAAAUAUAGGUAACCUAUUACAAUGUGUAUUGAAAAAAAUAUAUGAAAGUUGCUGAAAAGCUAAGUAAGGAAAUCAGGAAGAAGAGAAAAUAAUCAUAGGAGCAAAAAGUAAGAAGCGAGAGAUGAGAUUAGUACCCAAGGAACAUUCAUAACGGUCUUGAAUUUUUGCUAUGAGUGGGCCACAGAUUAGACCAUAAGCUUCCUAACACCCAACGUAAAUAGAGAAACAUGAUCACACAGGUCACAUAUCUCUUAACAAUUCAACAAACAAUACAUUUCUUGGGAAAAACACAAUGAUUUCAAUACUACUUGAAAUUGGUUAUUGAUACAUUUUCUUUUUCUUUUUAAAUUUUAAUGUAUAUAUAAUUUAUUGAAGUAUA